UCUAUUCUAUAAUUCCUAAACAUGCAAGUCAAACUAAGCAUAAAUUUAUAAUAAUCCACACUAGUUCUGACUUCGGAACUGUUGAGCCUCCUAGUGCCUCAAGCACAAAGACUCAACUUGUCUACACUCUACAGCCAAUGCCAUCUUCAUCACUAAUCAUUGAGGAGGAGCCAUUCAUUGGCUGCUUGAAGGCGGAGACUGGAGAGCUUGCUGGUCAUAUGUCGGUCACAGACUACCUACUCAGUCCGUGACUGCUAGACAGUUGGUGUAGUGUUGGCAUAAUGGUGGAUGGUUCAUUCCAAUGGUCACAAUUUCACAAACUUUGGUUUAUGGCUUUUUUCUUGUUGGCAAAAAUUUCCCAGUGGUAAAGUUGUGUUAGGAUAGGUAUUGUCAGUGAUAAAGCCAUCAUAAAGGUUUUGAAAAAGUCUUGUGUCUAGACUAAGGCAUAAUUAUGUCAAAAUCAAGCAACACAGUGCCAGUGCCUGACAUUGAGCCAUCAGCUGCUCAGGUGCUGUGCCGUGCAGUUCAAUUAGACCAAGAAAAAAAGUAUAGUGAAGCUGUAACAUGUUAUGAACAAGGUAUAAGGUUGCUUCUACAAGCUGCCAAAGGUGUCCAUGAUGCAAAAAAGAGAGAUCACUAUAAGAAAAAAAUUGAAGAAUAUCUUGCAAGAGCUGAAAAUCUGAAGCAAUUGAAUGCAGAUGCAAAAAAGCUUCAAAAACAUACUCGGAUUGAGAUUGGAGAAGGUGACAAGGGCUACAGCUAUGGCACUCUCCUGCUCCCUUAUUUGGACUCCAACUUGACUUCAGUAACUGUUGAAGAUCCAUACAUACGUACUACCAGCCAGCUCUAUAACCUGCAGAGGUUCAGUGAAGCCCUCAUAGCAGGAGCUCCAAACUUUCGCAGCCUUCACCUUGUUACUUCAUGUGGUGGCCAGUCAACUUCUGGGCAAGCAGAGGUGCAGAAGAAAGGCUUGCAGGAGAUAAGUGAAGCUCUGGCGCUCCACAACGUCAGCUUCACCUACUGCUUCUCUGAGUCACUACACGACAGAGAUAUAAAAUUGGACAAUGGGUGGACCAUCCAGAUCGGGCGUGGCUUGGACUACUUCCAACGGUUGGACAGGAAUCGCUUCAGCAUCGGCUCAGGCGACUACAACCUCCGCCCCUGUAGGCAGACCACCGUCGAUAUCUUCCAUACAUCCGCUCUCAGAUAGCAGCACAUCUUCCAGCACUCGUACUUCCAUAUAACCGUAUAAUUUUAGUUUUGACCAAGCUCAAACAAUUUUUAAGCUUAUACGUAAACCUCGCUUCAGACGUCGGAGACCAGUGUGCAUCAGCAACUUAUACACCUCCACCUCCGUGAUAAUUUGUCAACUUAUGCUCCUACACUGAGAUGCUCUUUAUUUUCCGCACGAGGAUAAUGAUAUUACCAAACUUCAUGGACAAAUAUUUCUUUGAUGAUAGCAACAUACUAGAAAAACCCAUGCUCUAUUGAGUAUCAGCGCAAAAUAUCAGCUGUGAAAAUGACCAAAAUAAUUAAUAAUUGCCAUGACGACAUCUUAGUAAAGGAUUGCAUUGAGAGUUUAGGCCGACACAUCAGUGUCGGACACAGCCGUAAACGAGUCACGUUGUUCGUAACGCGAUGUGAUAACAAUAAUGUUAUGCGUAUUUUUGAUGUCUUUUAAAACAUAACUGUCGUGUACUGCAUAUACAAUAACAAUAAUGUGAUGCGUAUUUUUGAUGUCUUUUAAAACAUAACUGGCGUGUACUGCAUAUACAAUAACAAUAAUGUGAUGCGUAUUUUUGAUGUCUUUUAAAACAUAACUGGCGUGUACUGCAUAUACAAACCGCACGUUGUUUAGCAAGUCGAGCGAUGCAAUAACUAUAACGGGUAAAUAAUUAUACACGAAAACUUCUUACGAAUCAGGUUUACUGAAAAACGAGGGAAUCGAGCAACAGUGAACAAGUAUUACGACAGAGUGUGCCCCGUGGCAACUGGACGCUGUGCCGAGACAGGAUGUUUCGUUGCGACACCGAGGCUGUUUGAGGUCAUGCCGGAGAAGCUGAGAGAAGACAAGUUUACAUUUGCGACAGUCAAUAAACAAAUGGAUGGCUGCUCUAACACGAUGCUAGAUAAUCUACCUCCGCCUUAUCUAGCUCAAAAAGUAGCAAGCAACGUGUUCGUUCAUCAGCCUGCACAAAUACUGUCUAAUAUCCAGCCAUCACGUUCGAGAACUUACUUGUAGUGGAGAUUACAGGCUCCUGCGACUGGCAAUUGAUUCGUAAUGGCUGGUAGUCAUGGCGACAACACGUGAUAUGUAAAUCAACCAGCAGUGAUAA